AUGAAGUGGUUGGUAUCCUGUGUAAGAGCUGCGAAUGAUGCUAGAGAAUUACAACGGCGAAGAGAAGAGCAGGAAAUCAGAAAAAUGUUGCUAAGAAAGCUUGAAGAAGAUGAUCAAGAAUGCAUGAAGAGGUACAAAGUAAUCAAUGAAAAAUGGGCGAGUAUUCUUGCGUCCAAAGAUCCAUUAGACAUACAUGCGGAAAUGGAAGCUCAAAAUGCUAAGUGUUUGGAAAUUAUGGCGAGGAAGGACGCCGUCAUUGCGGAAUUGCGGCAAGAAUUGGAAAACGCUGAUCUCAAAUUUGUUGAUGAUCAGCAAAGCCAGAAUGAGGAUAUAGAUUCUUUAAUUGAUAGAAUGGACAAUCAAAUGAACGUGAUGGCCAAAGCUUACCGUUGCGAAUUAUCGCUUAUCAAUGAUGCAAUCGAAUCGGAGCGUAAAAUAUUACUGCAAAACAUUGCGGAGAAAUGGGAAGCGUUACAUAAAAAAUUACAGGAGGAUAGUCUAGCAGGAUUAGAUACGCGAAAAGAAAUAAUGAGCGAAUAUGAGGAAGAGAUGAAGAAAGUUAUAAUCGAGCAUCAAGAAGAGUUUCGAGCUCAAAAAAUCAAAUUUGAACUUGAGAUUCAAAAGCUUCAACAAGAGGUACAGAGCACAAAAGCGAUAUGCUUUAUGAAUAUCGAGAAACUGGAUUACAGUUACGCCGUGCUUAAACGGCGAGAAGAUGAAAAUGCUAUAGUAAAAAAUCAACAAAAGAGAAGAAUUAAUAAACUUCAAGAUGUUAUCAAUGCUCUGAAGAAAAAUUAUGCGGAGUUAGAGGAAAAUACGAGACUUGAAAUACAACGGCUUACCGAUCAGGUCAUAAAAGCGCAUAAAAAUAUUUCGGAUUUAAUGGAGAAAUCUAAUCAUUUUACGAGCAUUAACGAUAAAAAGUACAUGCAAAUUUGGGACAUGAAUGCGAAAAACGCAAAUGAGUUGCUCGAUAAGAUUUUAUCUGCUGAUAAAGCUAUAUACGAACAAGCAUUGGGUAUGGAGUGGAGUCCACCUGAAGAAAUCUUAUUGAAAAAAGACGACCUACCGUCUUAUUGCAGUGUGAUGUGCACUAUAGAUGAAGAAAACAGGAUGGCUGACGAGAAAAGAACGAUAUGUAAAUUUUAUAAACCGGCGAACACCAUCGAAGAAAUCAAUUUAGAAAGGCGAUUAUUGAAUCAUAUUAUAAAGCACAUUGCCGAUAGUUGCGAUUAUUUGAUCGAAAAUAGAUUGCUCGAGUUGCUUUUACCUUACACUGCGAAUGACCAGCUAGUCAUACGAUUGGAUAACGUCUUUCAGGCCCUAAAUAUUACAUCCGAAGAGGAGCUUAGUUUUCUCUUGAAUUUUUUUCUGCCCUACGCAUAUUGUUCUACAUGUAGCAAGGACACGAGCAGAGAUAUAAACAGAUCUAUUUGUGAGGAAUCUGUUAAACCUCCUUCUCCAAAAAUAGACGCUGAGCAGUUCGAUAUUUGUGGAUUUUCUGAAGAAUUUACAGAAGAUGAAGCUAAAUUGAUUGCCGCUGUAAAAGAUGCAAUCUGUGACGAAAGAUCAUCUACUCCUAGCGACGAAGCGAGCAUUACGAGUAGUCCACCUCGAACUUCCUUAACCGAAACACUACUUCCUAUUGCGGAAUGCACUUCAACUUCUUUUGCAUCUAUUACUGAUAUCACUAAGGAUGACGAUCAAAUGCAACGACGGUUGUUGUGCGACAAAGGACACUUGCUUGAAAUUGAAGCCAUAUUUGUCACUAGAGCUUUACGGGAAUUCAUAGAAAGAUAUCAUUUUGUUAGAUCGAAAGAAAUGCCGCAUUUGCAAGAAAAAUUAACAGAAAAAAAGACGGUUGUUUCCCGAAAUAUGGCUAUUGAGGAUGUAACAAGUUUCUGGAAGCGAUAUAGUGAAAUCUUCUCAGCAAAGAAGGAACGACUUUGGGAUGGUUUAUUAAUUGGACUUAAAAAAUAUCACGAAAUAUUAAAAGAACGACAUCAUUUAAAUGUCGAAACGGAAUCUUUACGAAAGCAGAAUGCGGAAUUACGACGUUUAUUGAAAACAUAUAUAAUCCAGCCUGAAUGUGACGGAUUAUCGCAAGAUAAUGCACAAUCUGUUUGUGAAUCGAUUCAAAAUAGAUUUUGUGAAUAAAUUGAUCUUAAUGCAUGUGCUGCACAUGAUUCUUAAUAUAAUUAAUACAAUGUAAAUAUAUAUAUAAGGUAUAUCAAUAUACUAUGUCUAUAUUUAUGAUUCUUAUUUAAAUUGCAAUAGUCUAACCGAUGGACUGUAUAACUUUCAUAUUUCUCUAAUUUAGUUUCCCUAAUUUAGUUAAUCAUAUAAGCAAUCAAUGUUAGCUGUUUUUGUUGUCAUCUAAAGCGGUUUUUUUAAAGAGUUUAUCUUUGUUUUUAAAUUCCUCAAUUUCGAAAAUAAUUUGCAGAAAUUUAAAUUACAAUAAAUAUUUUUAAGUGUAUAAUAUAUACACAUAUAUAUGUAUGUGCGUAUAUGUAUAUAUAUAACUUGAUUUUAACACAAUAGCAUUGAAAAUAAUCUAACCAUUAAUAAAAUCAUUCAAUAAAUAAA